AUGGAUGCGAAGCCACAGCGUAUCCGCGUUCGCGGGGAUGAGAAUGUUCCGCCUACAUUUGUCGCCAAUAAGACCAUCCAUAGUCGCAAUAAAUCCACCCCAGCCUUGGGCCUUAUGGCCCAAAAGACCAAACCUCACAAUGGACCUCCCCGCCAGGCGUUUGGGGACGUGAGUAACUUUAAGAAGACUUCCGAUGAUAUGACGUUGGUUACCAAGCCUGGCGUCCGGGCAAGCGACGACAAACGUGCCCUUUCACAGCCAGCUCAGCGUCCCCUUUCUGUGUCGGGUGCCAAGGGCCUUUUACAAAAUGUCGGAUCGAAGCCAAUCAACACUGCGAAGAAAGCCACCACUCAAGGCUCGAAAAACGACGCAAAGCGCACCAACGUGGUGUUCCAUGACCAGCUGGAGCCCGUUGUUGAAACUGAAGCAUCCAAGGAAGGACACAUCAAUGCUCAGACCCACCAUCGCGACGAAAUCAAUACCGAUAAGAAGACCUCCAAAGUUGCCUUUGAAGCAGGGGAGGCCAACUUAGAUUCUCUGGAGCCGAUUGCAGCUCAGCCAAGGCAGUUAAUUGAGGCGCAACACAGCCAGAGGAUUGGAGAGAAGGGGGAUGGCCCUGCGGUUGCUAUAGACGACUCCAAGCCUGGAUUUGCUGCCCACGACGUGCCGGUUGCCACAGAAGUUGCAAGUGUCGCGGCCUACACUGCCUACGAGGAUGUCAUCUACCGUCAAGGCCCCGAUAUGACUGGUCCAACCCUCUCAGACCCCGAUUAUUCAGAGGAUGAUGAGACUCAUGGAUACCAUUACCGCAGCGAGAAUACCACCGGCGGGAUCACAACCGUCAUUUAUCCUCAUCCGACUGCCGCAAUCGAGCGGGAGAUCCUGCGCGCGCAAUCGAUUGUGGAAGCGAGCAUAACCGACGAGGAACUCGAGGAGGAUUUCUACGACGGCAGCAUGGUCGCCGAGUAUAGCACCGAGAUCUUUGAGUAUCUCCGGGUCAAGGAGAUUGAAAUGUUGCCUGCCCCAGACUACAUGGCAAACCAGGGAGAAAUUCAGUGGUCGAUGCGAGCGAUCCUUAUGGAUUGGCUCGUCCAAGUCCACUUCCGCUUUGCCUUGCUCCCCGAGACCUUGUUCCUGUGUGUCAAUCUUGUGGACCGGUUCCUUUCCAAGAAGGUUGUUUCUGUGGGCAAACUCCAACUGGCUGGCGCUACAGCUAUCUUCAUUGCCGCCAAGUAUGAGGAAAUCACCGCCCCGACGGUCUCGGAGAUCAAGUUCAUGGUCGACGGUGGUUAUACUGUGGACGAAAUUCUCAAGGCCGAGCGGUUCAUGCUGAACAUUCUCAACUACGAUCUUGGCUGGCCAGGUCCUAUGAGCUUCCUGCGGCGCAUCAGCAAGGCUGAUGAUUAUGAUCUCGAGACCAGAACAGUUGCAAAGUACUUCCUGGAAUUGACUAUCAUGGAUGAGCGCUUUGUGGCCACGCCUCCUAGCUUCCUCAGUGCGGGGGCCCACUGUCUCUCCCGUCUGAUGCUUCGUAAGGGAUGUUGGACAAUGGCGCACGCCCACUACAGUGGCUACCUCUACACUCAGCUCGUUCCUGUCAUGCUGACCAUGCUCGAAUGUUGCGAGGAUCCACAACGCCAUCAUCAAGCAAUCUACGAGAAGUAUUCCGAUCGCCGUUUCAAGCGCGCUUCCACAUUCGUGGAGAGUGAGAUCAGAAGCGGAUUCCAGUUGCCCCGUCCUACGCCUUUCAAUGACCCCAAGCGUCUGGAUGGGGUGGCCAAUUACUGA